GUGGACGCGACGGCCAAACUGCCGGAGCCGCUGCUGGGCGGGCUGAGCCUCCACCUGGGCGACUACGACCAGUGCCUGCGCGCGCGCUCAGAGGCGUUUGCGGGCCGCUACUGCCUGGUGGCGGCCAUGGGCCAGCGCGUUGCCACGUGCGUGCCUUCCACGUGCUCGUGGCGCUCGCUCGACGUGCUCCUCGCCAACAGCAGCGCCGGGGUGGUGCGUGUGCCCUCGCACACGUGCCAGUCGGCGGAUGACCCCUUCGUCUUCCACCCCGCCACUGCCGCGCUCGGGGUGGUGGUGCUGCUGGCCCUGCUGAACGCGCUGGUCUGGUUCCUGCUAACCUACGAGGACGUGCGUCUCAAGCUGCCCGCCCGCUGGCGGCCCUCGCAGAAGACGGCCAAGGCUCUGUCGCCCGUCACCGCCUGGAGGAAGAUCAGCGGGGCGCCCGACCCGGACAAGCCGCGGGCCGCCCACGCACGCACCCCCUCUCCAGGGGCGGGGUGCGCUGGUGGCGCGCAGGCGGCGGCAGAGGCGGGCGGCGCAGGCGAGGCGAGGGAUCCCGGCGACUGGAGCUGGGCGCUGCCGCGCAUGUCUGCGGCCAGCGGCCUGCGCACCAUCUCCAUGGUGUGGGUGGUGAUGGGCCACCGGGACGCGCUGAUGCCGCAGCUGCCGGUGCUGGACAAGCGCGCGCUGCCGGAGCGCAUGAAGCAGUGGGCUCACGUGUACGUGCCCGCCGGGCUGUUCGCCGUCGACACCUUCCUCUUCGUGGCCGGGUGCGUGCUGGCCUACUCGUUCGCCUGCAGCCGCCGCCGCCACCCGCGCUCCCUCCGCCAGCUGCGCUCCUGGCUGCCCGCCUUCUACCUGCACAGAUACAUCCGGUUAACGCCUCUUAUGGCAUUUGCAAUAGUGCUAUACGCCGGUGGGCUUGCCUAUUUUGGAGAAGGCCCUCUAUGGGAACAGCUUUCGGCUUUUGAUGUGCAGUCCUGUAGAACGAACUGGUGGCCAAACUUCCUUUACAUCCACAAUUACUACAACAAUCGGAACAUGCACGCAGAGCUGGUGUACAUCCCCGCGCACGCGCGCGCGGCGCCGUGGGUGGUGGGCAUGGGCGUGGGCGCGUGGGCGGCGCGCGUGGUGGGCGGUGGCGAGGCGCUGGGCCGCUGCAUGGAGCGCGUGCUGUGGGCGUGGGGCGCGUUGGUGCUGCUGGCUCUGCCGCUGGCGCUGACGGGAGCGCUUCGCGCGGGCGACGAGCCCUCCCGCUGGGGCUCUGCGCUCUUCGUGGCCUGCUCCAAACCCGUGUGGGCGACGGGGCUGGGCGCCGUGUUGAUGCUGUGCGCCACGGGCCGCGCGCCGCGCCUCAACGCGCUGCUGUCGUGGGAGCCGCUGGCGGUGCUGGCGCGGCUGUCGUUCGCUGUCUACCUGCUGCACCCCACCGUGCAGGGCGUCACGGGCUGGAGCACGCGCGGCACCACCGUCGCCACGGACGUCACCACCAUUCCGUUGAUCGUGGCCGACGUGGUGCUGACGUUCGCCGUGGCGCUGCCGGUGUCCAUCCUCGUCGAAUCCCCGUUCAUCGCCCUGGAGAGUCUGCUGUUGCGGGGAGGCAAGACCGAGCGUCGGGGCUCCCCGCCACCACCCGCUCCCGACUCGCCGGAGAUCCAAAUCUCCGGGUCCAUCGACCCCGAGAGCCCUCCGCAGCCGCUGGUGCAGCGCCGCGGGAGGCGCGCCUCGGACUCGGCUUGUUUAAACGUGUUCGGCUGUUGCAGAGAUUGGCUCCAGUCCCUCCGUUCAAAGAGACGAGGGAGAGGGAGCACGAGCAGAAGUGUCAGCAGGAGCAGGAGUGGAAGUAAGUGCGACCCGGCCGAAGCGACACAGUCGCGCCCCUACGAAACAUUGCACUCGGAGGAGAGUCGCGGCCAGCUUCCUUCCGCCAGCGUGGCAUCGUUGCCCGUCGAACAAAUCUUGACCAGCGAGAUAUCGUUGGCCGACGAACAGCCGAAGCCCAGCGAACUGCCGUUGAGCGGGCCUUCCGCAGUCUUUCCGACCUGCUCGAGUUUUGUAGAUUCUAAGAGUUUCUUCGGUUCUGCUGUCUCCUCCUCUAGCGACGAGAGCAGGCAACACCCGUUCGUCAAGGGCGGCUCCUCGGAGACCCUUUGGCGAGCACCGUCUGGCGAGAAGAUUCCAAUGGAGGACAAGGCUCUCAAAGAGCACACGCCUGUGGCGAGGUCGUCUUCAGACGAGUCGGCGAAGACUCCACCGGUGACCCGGAGGUCACUGGAAAAUGUGGAAGAGGAGGUCUCCACGGAUAGUGUCUAAUGUUGCCUCCACAAACAACGGAGGGGAUUUCUCGCUUUGGAUAUGGUUACUAUUAGGAGUUUACUUGAAGGCCUUUGAAUUCACUUCCUAUCCGAAAACUCAAGGCCUUGCUUAAAAUUUUCUAAUUUUUGCAAUGUUUUGA